GGAGCUGUGUUCGUUGUGCCGUCCGUUUGCUUGCUUGCUUGCUUGCUUGCUUACAUGCACCCGCAAACAGCGCUGCGUGUGUUGGCCAUGCAGUUUUGCAAGGACUCUCCUCGUUUACGUAUGUAUUUGUUUAGCUAAAUAGCUGUUUCUGUAUUUAUCUGUGUCUUCAUUGCUUGACGUGGGAUAGCAAAUGAGCAGAGUCCCUCGCUCCUCUGGCUGCACUUUGGCUGUGUCGGUGGCGCAGCUUUGCAACGACAGCCCUCUUAUUUAUUUACCUGCGUUUAUUUACCCGUUCUCACCUCUUUAUUCAUUUACGUGUUUACCUGUCCCUUUAUUUACCCAUCUAUUCACUUAUCCAUUUAUUCACCUGUCCAUUCAGUGCCAGUAUCUCGGGGCUCCUCCGCUGUCCUCAAUGCCAGCAGGGAGCAGGCGGGGCCGUGUGGGUGCAGCGCUGUGCUCAGUGCCCCGGUUUGUUGGCAGCCGUGCCCGGGCUGCCCAGCUGGGGGCUGAGGAGGGCCCGCCGGGGCUGGGAAGCCGAUUGGGGCGUUACAGCCCGUCCUCUCGUGGGAAUCCCCUUAACCGAGUCCAGCAGCGAUGAGUUCAGCUGUGCCACCCCGGGCAAGGCCAGCGCUGGGACAGGUACCUGUGCACCCCUGUUCCCAUGUACCUCUGCAUCUUUGCGCCUGUGCCUCUGUGUGCCCAUGACUCUGUGCACCCAGCACCCACGUACCCCAGCAUCUCAGCACUUUGGGCACUUGCAGCACUUCCUGCCCAUGGGCUCUAUGGGGAACAGAGCAGCCACCUCGCCCCACCUCGUCCCGUGACCCACAGCAGAGGUGUUAUGAUUAUCUUCUCCUCUGCAGCUGCCAGUAUUGACAGGUCUCCCUGUGCACCGGUGCUGUGAUUUGGAAGAACACCCUGUUUACCGGCGUGCCAGCUGACAGCUGGGCAGUGAUCGGGGCCGCUCCCAGCAGGGGCAGUCUGGAGGGGACACGCUCAUGUUUUCCUGCUGAUGUUUCUGGGUCAGGUUUUGCAAACAGCGCAGGGCACGGCCGGGCAGGCGAGCUGUGCAGCGUGGUGCUGCUGUCCUUGGGGACCUCCUUGCAGGCUGCUACAUGGAUUUUUGGGGUGCAGAGAAGUGUGAGGAGGGGAGGGUGCCUGCACCAAGCACAUGUGCUGCAUCCCCCGGGUGCUGCAGUUCAGCUAAAAAUCUGUCAGCUGCCCCGCAGGUGCUCUGCACCCCAGUAGUGGUUGUAUUUUGGAGGUGCAAAGGGAAAUGCUCCACGCAACCCCCCAGCCUGGCACUUCCUCAUCUCAAUUCCAGACAGCCCCGACCCCCCCCAGGUCCCCCGGUGUCCCCCAGCGGGGCCAUACGGACAGCAUGUCCCCAGCUUGUUUACUGCGGCCGCGCGCCUCGAUUGUCACCACCAUGUGACAGGUGAUGCCUUGGGACAGCCGAGCCGGCUCCACGUGACCGCCGGGCGAUGGAUAAAAGCUGCGCGAGGGGCUCCGGCCGCAGAACUGGGGUUGCUCUGAGGAGGAGCAGUAGUGCCGUGCCGAUGGAUUUCCAGCCCAGCAUCCUGCGCGAUGGCAGCCCCAUGGAGAGCCUGGAGAAGCAGCUGCUGUGCCCCAUCUGCCUGGAGAUGUUCAGCAAGCCUGUGGUGAUCCUGCCCUGCCAGCACAACCUCUGCCGCAAGUGUGCCAACGACAUCUUCCAGGCCGCCAACCCAUACUGGCAGAGCCGGGGCAGCAGCAUCAUCUCGGGGGGCCGGUUCCGGUGCCCUACGUGCCGCCACGAGGUCCUGCUGGACCGCCACGGUGUCUAUGGGCUGCAGAGGAACCUGCUGGUGGAGAACAUCAUCGACAUCUACAAGCAGGAGUUCUCCAGCAGGCCGCUCAAGAAGGGGGAGCACCCCAUGUGCAAGGAGCAUGAGGACGAGCGGAUCAACAUCUACUGCGUCACCUGCGAGGUCCCCACCUGCUCCAUGUGCAAGGUCUUCGGUGCUCACAAGGACUGCGAAGUGGCCCCUCUGCAGAGCAUCUUCCAGGGCCAGAAGAGCGAGCUGAAUAACUGCAUCUCCAUGCUGGUGGCGGGGAACGACCGCAUCCAGACCAUCAUCUCCCAGCUGGAGGACUCCUGCCGCAGCACUGAGGAGAACAGCGAGGCUGCCAAGCGGGAGCUCUGUGCGCGUUUUGAUGCGUUCGCAGCGGUGCUGGAGGAGAAGAAGACGGAGCUGCUGGGGCGCAUCACCCGAGAGCAGGAGGACAAGACGGGCUUUGUGCAGGGCCUCAUCCACAAGUACAAGGAGCAGCUGGAGAAGUCCAGCCGGCUGGUGGAGACGGCCAUCCAGGCCAUGGAGGAGACUGGUGGGGCCGCCUUCCUCAUGAACGCCAAGCAGCUCAUUAAAACGAUCGUGGAGGCUUCCAAGGGUGGCAGGCUGGAGAAGAUUGAGCAGGGCUAUGAGAACAUGGACGCCUUCACAGUCAGUCUUGAGCACCUCGCUGACGCUGUUCGUGCCCUGGACUUCGAGCCAGAUGAGGAGGAUGAGUUCUAUGAGGAGGUGGAGGAAGAAACAGGAGACACAGAGCCUGAAAGGGUGGUGGAAGGUAGGGCCAUCCCCCUCCAUGCCGGCAUCACCAGCAUCACGGCAGAACUCCCCCAGGGAGAGGGAAUGAUGGAGGAUUGAUGGGGCCCUGCCUCUGCCCUCUGCCUCCACAGCCCCCCAGUAGGACGCAGGAUGUCCAGGACAGAACCUGGGGACACGCCGAUGGGGCCGGCCACCCAGCUCCAGUACAGGACACUUUUCUAUACGGGUGCCAAGAGGACUAUUCCACGCGUUUUAUAUGUUCCUUGUUUUGUAUAUAAUUGUAAUGGAGUUGUGUAUUUUGUACGGAAAA